CGGCGGCCGCGCUGCUCCCGCUCCUCUGCCUCCCCAUGGAUAUGCACUGCAAAGCAGACCCCUUCUCCGCGAUGCACCCAGGGCACGGGGGUGUGAACCAGCUCGGGGGGGUGUUUGUGAACGGCCGGCCCCUACCCGACGUGGUGAGGCAGCGCAUCGUGGAGCUGGCCCACCAGGGUGUGCGGCCCUGUGACAUCUCCCGGCAGCUGCGGGUCAGCCAUGGCUGUGUCAGCAAAAUCCUGGGCAGGUACUACGAGACUGGCAGCAUCAAGCCUGGAGUGAUUGGCGGUUCCAAGCCCAAGGUGGCAACGCCCAAAGUGGUGGACAAGAUUGCUGAAUACAAGCGGCAGAACCCGACUAUGUUCGCCUGGGAGAUCCGUGACCGGCUGCUAGCUGAGGGCAUCUGCGACAAUGACACAGUGCCCAGCGUCUCAUCCAUCAACAGGAUCAUUCGGACCAAAGUUCAGCAGCCUUUCCACCCAACACCGGAUGGCGCAGGGACAGGAGUGACUGCCCCUGGCCACACCAUCGUUCCCAGCACGGCCUCCCCUCCCGUUUCCAGCGCCUCUAAUGACCCAGUGGGAUCCUACUCCAUCAAUGGGAUCCUGGGGAUUCCUCGCUCCAAUGGUGAGAAGAGGAAACGUGAUGAAGUCGAGGUAUACCCUGAUCCUGCCCACAUUAGAGGAGGUGGAGGUUUGCAUCUGGUCUGGACUUUAAGAGAUGUGUCCGAGGGCUCUGUCCCUAAUGGAGACUCCCAGAGCGGUGUGGACAGUUUGCGGAAGCACCUGCGAGCCGACACCUUCACCCAGCAGCAGCUGGAAGCUUUGGAUCGGGUCUUUGAACGACCUUCCUAUCCAGAUGUCUUCCAGGCAUCAGAGCACAUCAAAUCAGAACAGGGGAAUGAGUACUCUCUCCCGGCCCUGACCCCUGGGCUUGAUGAAGUCAAGUCAGGUCUCUCUGCAUCCGCCAACCCCGAGCUGGGCAGCAAUGUGUCAGGCACACAGACAUACCCCGUCGUGACCGGUCGUGAUAUGGCGAGCACCACUCUACCUGGUUACCCCCCUCAUGUGCCCCCCACUGGCCAGGGGAGCUAUCCUACCUCCACCCUGGCAGGAAUGGUGCCUGGGAGCGAGUUCUCAGGCAACCCCUACAGCCAUCCCCAGUACACCGCCUACAACGAGGCUUGGAGAUUCAGCAACCCUGCCUUACUAAUGCCGCCCCCCGGGGCUCCGCCCCUGCCGCUGCUGCCGCUGCCUAUGACCGCCACUAGUUACCGCGGAGACCACAUCAAGCUUCAGGCAGACAGCUUCGGCCUCCACAUCGUCCCAGUCUGACCGCCCACCCCAGAGGGAGGGAGGACCGAAGCGACGAGCUGCCACUCGGCCACCGUCCCAGUCCCACCCCUCCACCUCGAGACACCCUCCCCCCUCCCCCGCAGCCCUUCACGUCACCCUGUCGAUGGCCUGACAGCACCGGUGGAGCGGCGGGUGGGACCCUCAGGCCCCCGCUCAUCGCCAGCACCGCCCGCCGCCCCUCCCUGCCUGCCUGGACCGCCUCGCCGCCCGGAAGCUCGCCCGCCUCUGGCCCGCGCGUCCGGCACGUUUCUGUGACACACAAUCAGCGUGGCCCACCCGGGGGCAGCCCGCUUCUGACGCCCGGGCGCUGGAAGGCUUCGCUGCAAAAGUUGAGCUAGGGAAACUAAGGAAAGGACUUUGUGCUGAAGGAGGAGCCGUGGUCGGAACCCCUGGGGAAACUCCUGCUCCACCCCAUCCCCUGUGCCUGCCAGGCUGACCCCGCCUUCUGUCUGCGUCCAGCCGCUGACAGUGGCACCUGGACGCGAGGAUCGGACUCGAGGGACAACGUUUGGGACGUCAGAGUUUUCCAAGGCUGGUACCCAAGGCGAGCAGACGCCAACUGAGCUCGUCCACCCUGACUGCCUAG